UCCCUAAAAUGGGCAAGUCAAACAAGAAAUCGAUCCCCAAGGUCGACGCAGCUCCUGCUAUAGUCCCACCGUCUAAGUCUGCCAAAAAAGGCAAGAGGGAAGCUGUAAAUGAGUUGGAGAAGCAACUCAGUGCUAAGAGGCAGAAAAGAAAUGAAGCUGUAGAGCAGACUGUUCAGAAGCAGAAGAGUGAAGUGAAGACGCAAAAGAAGAAAAAGCAAGAGGAAACAAGUAGUUCUGAUGAUUCUUCUUCAUGGACUCUGAAAAAGAAGAGAAGCCUGCUCCAAAAAAGCUGGCCGUUGCUGCUAAAAAUGGUACUGCUGUUGCCCUUGCUAAGAAAGGCAAGGAGGCUAGCAGUUCGGAUUCUUCGGAUUCAGAUUCUUCACUUGAUUCUGAUGAUGAUAAAGGUCCAAAGGCUAAGGUAACUGCCUUAUCAA